CUCACAUCUCACAUCACACACCAAAAUGCCGUCCAAUCACCUCUUUCAAUAUUCCGUUGUCUCAGCCCUCAUGGAUGGGGUCGCCGAGACAGGCAUCACACUUUCGGAACUCCUCACACAUGGCGGUCAUGGUCUUGGCACCUUUCGACACAUGGUUGGCGAAAUGAUCAUUCUUGAUGGGAUUAUCUAUGAUAUGAAGCCUGAUGGUUCUGUUAUAGCGCUGGGACAAGAUGCGUGCGCUCAACAAACGGCGCCUUUUGCGAUGGUCACGGAUUUUAAGCCGACCGUUAGCGCUUCGAAACACAUACCGAGCAAGGAUUCCUUCACAGAGACUCUGUCUCAGCUUCUUCCCGCAACAAACAAUCACUAUUUAGCCUACAGAAUUGAAGGCACAUUCAAUUCAGUCACUGUACGGACUGUCGGAGGACAGCAGUCACCAGGCGAGAGUCUUGCCGAGCUUGGAAAGCGACAAGCUUCACAUACCUUCAACAACAUCAAGGGUACGAUCAUUGGGUUCAGAUCGCCAGCUUUCAUGCAGGGAAUCAGCGUCGCAGGCGAUCAUCUACACUUCCUGUCGGCGACCAGAGACUCCGGUGGUCAUGUGCUAGCAUUGGAGGGCGACGGUAACUUGGAGGUCAGCGCAGCACGGAUUUCAGCGGUCAACCUGCAGUUACCUGCAGAUGAUGAUGCUUAUAAUCGAGCCAAGCUGGUUCGGGAUGAUGAAGGAAUUGCUGCGGUGGAGGGUUAAGUCCAGACGGCUGAUGGGCUUAACUCUUGCUAACGCGCUUUGAAAUAACUUGUAUCUUCUAUAGAUUUCAGACAAGCCCAAGAGUUUCGAUGCACGCUUACUCCUUCCUUUUAGAUAUCCUAGACCGUAG